AUGUCGAGUUCUACGAAAACAGAAUCUAUUAUAAAUACUUGGUGUGUUUAUAUUCUUUAUAAUCCUAGUAAUUCAAAGGUGUAUGUUGGAAAUACUCAUGACCUAAAGGAACGUCUCCAGAAACAUAACCGUAUAACAGACAAUAAAGGAAAAGAAACUUGGGCAGCUGUUGUUGCUAUAACUGGUUUUCUCAGUAGUAAAGAAGCAUCGAACUUUGAGUCAAAUAUUAAAAUUCUAGCAAAGAAAAAAGAAUUUAAUGAAUAUGCCAAUCUUUAUCAAGGUCGUUGUCCAUCAAUUGUACUUAAACGGAUCAUAGCCAUUAGAGGGUUAUUAUGUGAAUAUGAUAAUUGGUGGAAAGCUCCUCGUGGUAAAAAGCGUCGUUAUGUCUUACAUUGGGGAAGUUACAUGGAACGAGAUACAAGGCAAUUAUCUGUAUUACAAAAUUGUCCAUGGGCGAGAGUUGGAAGAUCUGUUAAACAUAAAAAAUUGGAUUUAAGUGAUCCUGAUGACGAUACUUCAAAUAAUUCAACUAGUAUCGAAGAUUUAUCCUCAGGUUCGGGUUCGAAUAGCUCCACACCUGAACGACAGAAACCACAAAAUAAUACCACAAAUAUAUGA